AUGGGCUCUGGACCCACGGGUCAAGGGCGUCAGGAGGGCCAGGCAGCGGGGACCUGGGCACGGGGGUCCCGGGAGGCGGCGCCAGACGGGGAGGAGCAGGAGCAGGAGGAGGAAGAAUGGGCGGUGCAGCCGACACCCGGCAGAGAGUGCAGAUGCACGUUCGCACACCAUCGCAGGCGCGCGCACAUUCCAGCCGACACACAGCCGUGGUCCUACGCUCACUCCGCGAGGAGCUCACAGAGGGGCACGCAGGCUGGCUUAGUGGCAGAGGAUGUCCUGUCCAGGCAGGACACACUGGGUGUUAUUCCGGAAAGGGCAGGGCCAGGGCGCCCUGGGGCACAAGCUUGCCUGCCCAAGGUGCUGGCUCAGGAAGCCAGAAGGGACCCAAGCUGGGCAGGACAGUGGUCCUGGGGGUCCCCACGUGCUGGAGGCUGCGGGGCCUGUCUGCAGCGCACAUCCUGCCGACUUCUAGCAGACACGGCCGUGAUCAGCCCCCAGGACCCCACCCUCCUCAUCGGCUCCUCCCUGCAAGCCACGUGCUCUGUGCAUGGGGACCCACCAGGUGCCACCGCUGAGGGUCUCUACUGGACCCUCAAUGGGCGCCGCCUGCCCUCUGAGCUCUCCCGCAUGCUGAAUGCCUCCACCCUGGCCCUGGUCUUGGCCAACCUCAACGGGUCCAGGCAGCAGUCUGGGGACAACCUCGUGUGCCAUGCCCAGGACGGCAGCAUCCUGGCUGGCUCCUGCCUCUACGUUGGCUUGCCCCCUGAGAAGCCCUUCAACAUCAGCUGCUGGUCCAAGAACAUGAAGGACCUCACAUGCCACUGGACGCCGGGGGCCCAGGGGGAGACCUUCCUGCACACCAACUACUCUCUCAAGUACAAGCUCAGGUGGUACGGGCAGGACAACACCUGUGAGGAGUACCACACGAUGGGGCCCCACUCCUGCCACAUCCCCAAGGACCUGGCUCUCUUCACACCCUAUGAGAUCUGGGUGGAGGCCACCAACCGCCUGGGCUCGGCCCGCUCCGAUGUGCUCACGCUGGACAUCCUGGACGUGGUGACCACGGACCCCCCUCCUGACGUCCAUGUGAGCCGCGUCGGGGGCCUGGAGGACCAGCUGAGUGUGCGCUGGGUUUCGCCACCGGCUCUCAAGGAUUUCCUCUUCCAAGCCAAGUACCAAAUCCGCUACCGCGUGGAGGACAGCGUGGACUGGAAGGUAGUGGACGACGUCAGCAACCAGACCUCGUGCCGCCUGGCUGGCCUGAAGCCGGGCACUGUCUACUUCGUGCAAGUGCGUUGCAACCCCUUUGGCAUCUAUGGCUCCAAGAAAGCUGGAAUCUGGAGCGAGUGGAGCCACCCUACUGCUGCCUCCACCCCCCGCAGCGGUGAGCACCCCAACAAGCCUGGGGGGUGGGGGUGCGAGCCGCGGGGAGGAGAGCCGAGCUCGGGCCCGGUGCGGCGCGAGCUCAAGCAGUUCCUGGGCUGGCUCAAGAAGCACGCGUACUGCUCCAACCUCAGCUUCCGCCUCUACGACCAGUGGCGGGCCUGGAUGCAGAAGUCGCACAAGACUCGAAACCAGGACGAGGGGAUCUUGCCCUCGGGCAGACGGGGUGCGGCGAGAGGUCCUGCCAGAUAAGCUCUAGUGAUGGGGCCACCUUGCCUGCCACGGGGAGACCCAGAGACCAAGCCGAACUGGACCCUCACCCAGGGCAUCCGAGCACAGUCUGCAGGGUCGGGCAGGAGCUCUGAGCUCCGCGGCUGCCACAGCCCCGCCCCUGGGUGCACCCGUCUGCGUGGGUGGGCGGAGCCGUCCAGAGCCCACGCCCCGAGCUUGGGGCGAGAGAAGCCCUUGCUCACCCGCCUGGGGUCCCUUGAGAGCCUUUUCAAAUAAAUGAGCU